GUCCAACAGCCGUGUUUUAUUAAGCUGAAGAAAGAAGGAAGGCACAAGAAGUAGCCUGCAUGUCGGCAGGGUAUUAUGCGUAUGAACUGAAAGAAAUCUGGAUUGUACCACCUCUGUGUUUGCUGAUUUGCAAGUACAUUUUAAGAGUUACAUAUAUAUUUUUGUCCGUUCUGUUCUCAAGCGUGUUUAUUUCGAAACUUCUCUGUUUUGGUGCAGCCAGCGCAAUUAACUCAAAACCAAGAAUAUGCGGGGAAACAGUGAAAUGAGCACAUUUAAGAUACAAUAAGUUUUUUUUUUAUUACGAAUUGCGGAAUGAAACAACAGCAUACGGUGUUUAAUUAGGACGCACGAGUGAAAAUGAUCAGUUCGGUUAAAAUCUGUGCUGUCAGUCUUGUUUGACCGGGAGGGCAGGAAACAUAACUUACAGGAGCCUGCAAACGCUGGAACCGAACUUCUGGACAUUUGUUCGACAAUAAAUAGAAAUGUCCUGUAUACUACAUGCAAAAUUUGUUUACCCCUUGGUGAAUGGAGCGCGUCCUUGAGAGUGACAGUACGGAUUAUUGUCAGCUUCCGCGAUUUUUGAUGCGGUCGAUGUGUGUUUAUUUCCUCGGCUCAAUCUAUUUUUUCUUUUGCUGCACCAAGAAACAAAGGACUUAAAUUUCUAAGUUUAAUUAAAUAGCAGACACCGCGUCAGCACCCGUCCUUGUCAAGGGUGGAUUGACAAGGUUGCUCCGCUAGCAGGGUGACAGCGCCCGGAUAAGACAAUGGUAUCGUCGAUGAAAUGUUGGACUAUGUUGCUCAUCGAAUGGAGCGCGGUUCUGUCAUUCCUGCUUUUACUGAGUAGCGGUUCGCAUGCUGGGGAAGACGAGUCCUUCAACCCUGAGGCAUGGUUACGGAUGUACGGGUAUCUACCCCAGACCAGCUGGCAGAUGUCCACCAUGCGCUCAGGGCAGAUCCUGUCCAACGCCGUCAGAGAGAUGCAACGCUUCUACGGCCUGACCAUCACCGGCGAGAUGGAUCCAGCCACUCAGAAGGCUAUGAAGAAACCUCGCUGUGGAGUCCCAGACAAGUUUGGGGGUCAGAUCAAAACUAAUGUUCGGCGGAAGCGCUUUGCACUCACUGGCCACAAGUGGACCAAAGACCUGCUAACAUUCAGCAUCCAAAACUACACACCGAAAGUGGGGGAGUCCAACUCAUAUGAGGCUAUCCGCAAAGCCUUCGGGGUGUGGGAGAGAGUGACACCCCUGCGAUUUGAGGAGAUCCCCUACCAUGAGAUCAAAUAUGGCCGACGCAAGGAGCCUGAUAUUCUGAUCUUUUUUGCCUCUGGUUUCCAUGGUGACAGCUCACCCUUCGAUGGUGAGGGAGGCUUUCUAGCUCAUGCCUACUUCCCAGGUCCCGGCAUGGGUGGAGACACACAUUUUGACUCGGAUGAGCCUUGGACAGUUGCCAAUGAAGACCAUUCCGGCAAUGACCUCUUCUUGGUGGCUGUGCAUGAAUUGGGCCAUGCGCUGGGCUUAGAGCACUCCAACAACCCUCAAGCCAUCAUGGCUCCUUUCUAUCAGUGGAUGGAGACGGAGAACUUCGAGCUGCCUGAGGAUGACCUGCGGGGGAUACAGCAGAUCUACGGGCCACCAGACAGCACCCCUACCCAGACCUUGCCACCCGUCACACCUCGCAGACCGGCCCAGCCGGACCCCAGGCCUCCCGUCCCACCAAAGACCCCCCCUGGACCUCCCCCCCGGCGGCCAGACAAGCCACACACCACAGAGCGCCCGGACCACUACGGCCCCAACAUCUGCGAGGGAAACUUUGACACUGUCACUAUGCUCAGGGGAGAGAUGUUUGUUUUCAAGGGUCGUUGGUUCUGGAGGGUGAGGCGUAACCGAGUUCUGGACAACUACCCCAUGCCCAUCGGCCAUUUCUGGCGGGGGCUGCCUGGUGACAUUAAUGCUGCCUACGAACGGCAUGAUGGGAAAUUUGUCUUUUUCAAAGGAAGUAAAUAUUGGCUGUUUAGGGAGGCAAAUCUGGAGCCUGGCUACCCUCAGGAGCUUACAGAAUACGGCCAGGGCAUCCCAUACGACGGCAUCGAAACAGCCGUCUGGUGGGAGCCUUCAGGGUUUACUUACUUCUUUAAGGAAGACAGGUACUGGCGAUUUAACGAGCAGUCCCGCUCUGUGGAUGCAGACUACCCCAAGCCAAUCAGCGUGUGGGGCGGAAUUCCACCCUCUCCCAAAGGAGCCUUCCUCAGUGAUGAUGGUGCUUACACAUAUUUUUACAAAGGGACCAAGUACUGGAAGUUUGACAAUCAUCGAAUGACGUGUGAGCCGGGAUACCCGAAAUCCAUCCUCAGGGACUUCAUGGGCUGCACUAUGGACCUGGAUCCAGACAAGGACACCGACACACAAGACAACCCCAGGUGGCCUGACGUGGAUCAACCACCGUUCAACCCAGACGCUGGCCGUGACCGCACCAAUGACAUAGACUACAAAGAUGAGGACGAUGAGGUGGACGUGAUCCUCAAGAUCGACGAGAACGAAGCUCGCACCAUGAACAUCAUCAUGGUGACUGUGCCCCUUGUCCUAGUGCUGUGCAUUCUGGGAUUGAUCUACGCCAUCAUCAACAUGUUGCAGAGAAAAGGGGCUCCCAAGAUGCUGGUCCACUGCAAACGUUCCCUGCAGGACUGGGUUUGACCUCUCAGCCUUUGACUGGAGCCCACUUCCUCCAUCACUAUCAUCCUGCACACAUCCACGAAGUAACACAUGCAGACACACACAUACACAUGUAAACACACAUACACCCACUUUACCUGGUGCUCAGCCCAAUCUGUUAACUGUAGUCUAUUUAUAUCGAAAAGUUUGCACAUUAUUUUUGUCCUUUUUUGUUACUUCUAUAUUUUUGUCUGAAUUUAUUGUUUUUUUAGGAAUUCGUGUCUACGUUGUCUUACCUUCUCCGCCUCGUUCAAAGGAUUUAUUUCAUGACUUGUGUACAAACACAAUAUAGCAAUAGACUGGAGUCUUCUUGCGAAUACUAACUUCAAAAAAUUUGCACAGAAGGUGCAGUUCUGUGUGGCGGCAGGCUAACAUUAGCUUAGCACAGCAGAGUGCUAACAUUAGCUUAGCACAGCAGAGUGCUAACAUUAGCUUAGCACAGCAGAGUGCUAACAUUAGCUUAGCACAGCAGAAUGCUAACAUUAGCUUAGCACAGCAGAGUGCUAACAUUAGCUUAGGACAGCAGAGUGUUUUGUGGUUAUUCUACUCACCAACCCACAGCAAUUCUGAUCCUCUUUUGACGAAGGUCUUACGUAGAUGUGUACUUCAAAGUCACCAUCUUAUCAUCACAUAGCAGUGCUGCAGAGCUCUAGCAGAUUAACUGGACAUCAUUCACAGCUUUUUGAGCGGAUUGGGUGUUUGCUGGGUUUGGUACAAAGGCAGAUUCACAGUCACUCUCUUAAAUGUUAAUACCAUGCAUUUGUGGAGUAUGUAUCUAUAAAACCACCAAGAUCCCAAAUGGAAAAGACUAAACAGUAUUCAUUACAGAUGAAAAUGCGAGCUUCCAAGGCUUGUACAAGUUUGAUUAAGUUUAUAGAGCUCAGAAUUCAGUGAUAUUUAUAAAGUCAUGGAAUUUUCUCAGUGCUAUAAUAUUCAAGAAGUUGUUGAGGCCAUUGUGCUGCAGAUCCAGGACAGAACGUGGACCUCAGCACCUUCAGUCCUUCGGAUGCCUGCACCUGUAACUCAGUGUCAGUGGUUUAAAGUCCCCUGUGGACUUGCUGCUUCCCCAUGUUGACGCCCUAAGGAUCCUUUGAAGCUUUUCUGUUGUAUUAGACAUAACAAAACUGGCAAGGAUGGUGCUCCUGCUUAAUGGCACAUCAUGGAUCAUUAAAAAUAAGUCAGUGGAUAAUAAAUGCAUAAAUAUAAAAAGGAAUGGGCACUUUUGGGGGGAAAUGAUUCAGAACAUAGAACUGGGGAAAGCAAACUAACUUAUAUCAAAAUCCAGUCUCUGAGAGGAGAAUUAUUGUGAAGUUCUUCAAUGUUCUUCAAUGUUGGCCGCAUGGUGAGCCACACCAUGGCCCCACUGGCACAUUUUGGCCAAACCCUCGCCUCCCAUUGGUCAAUUGUCAGUUAGACCUGCCUAAUUUAUUCAUGAGUCGUGGUGAAAGUCGGUUUCUCCCAAGUUAUCUGCAUCUGUGUAAUGGAAACCAGACUGGGCUCCACGAUAACAAGCGGCGAAGGCUUCCCAAAGGCCCACCAGAUAGGGCUGCCUAAUGUCCCUCCCUUUGAACUCCCGCAGAUGGCCGUCUCUGCGAGUCCCGCUCCGGGCCGCCAUCUCAUAAUGAAAGUGCGUCUGCGUGGCUCACCGAUGCCGCCAGCUCGCGUUUCUACACACCUGCUGGCUUCCAAUGAGCGCUAAUCUGGGCCGGAGAGAUUACCCUCCGCGAUAAAGCAGGUCAAGCAGCAAAUAUGCUCCAAGUUAAAGAUUAGCCUUUUCAGCUGCCCUAAAUGAGUUCAUUGUGGGUGAAUGCAGCCUAUACAGCUCCCAGAUCCAGUGUUACCUAUUUACUGUGUGGGGCUUGAAACUUGAGGCUUAUAACUCUUACUGAGAUAGGGCACAAAGAAGAAGGCUCUGUAAAAAUCAUUGAAACCAAGACAAAAACUGCAAGCCCUGUGCUGUAGUCAGUGAUGAAUCCUGUUCAGUAUGGUUGCUUUCCAGCCCCCACUCCCCCCCCCCCCCCCCACCAUUCCUGCCAUACACCCCAAUGUCCCUGGGAGGUUCGGAGAAGACUUAAUCAGAGAUAAAAGCCUCUGCACUGUCUGUCGGGCCUGCUGGAAUGAAUGGAGCACUUAAAGGUGCAGGUCAGUGAGAGUCCCUGGGUGGCGUCCUUCAGUGCUUACUCACACGCUGAAGGACUCAAGCUGCCUUUGACAGGAAGGGAGGGGGGGUGUCAAUUUACAGAACAGCUGUAUGUUUCUCUCCAGUCUUCCAACCCCCCAUGCAAUAAAGAAUUGGCUUAGAUCCACCCAUCUUCCGACCACUUAUCCUGGUCAGCGGGACCUGGAGCCUGUCCCAGGGAGAAUAGGGGAGCAGGCAGGGUUCUCACUGGGCAAACACACACACACACGCACACACACACACGCACACACACACACACCAGGCUGCUUCCAUCCAUAUUGUUUUUGUGUCCAGCCCAGCCUUCCCAGUACAAUAAAGAGAAAGCUACGCCAAUGAAACUACACCUUGUGUAGAUUUGAUUUUGAAAUGGAGAGAAAGAUGAAUACUUCCAUUACCUCGUUUAGAUCGCACUGGACGGCCUCCAUUUGUUUGGGUAAAGGAGAGUUCAGGCGAAGUCGAUUGAGCGUAGCCAUUAAGCGAAGAGCCAAGCUGACGUGCCAGUGUCUGGCCGCCGUGUACAAGGUCGUUCCUGCCAUUGUCCUUCCCCUUGUCCUCUCCAGUGGUACUCUACAUCUCCGGUACUCCGUAUACAUAUACAUUCACAGAUUACAAGAAGAGUUCCAUCGUUCCCAAAGUAUAUAUCUCUCUGCCAGCUCUCUUAACCACUAGAUCUCACUUCAGGGUAUCAGAUAUUGUUUUAUAUUUUAAGAAAAAAAAGACAGCAGGAUUGUCAUGUUUCAUGUUGUUUUCUAGACAUAUUUGCCCUUAUCGUGUGGCCGAUGAAUUACAGAUAGGAAACUGAAAAUAUGUUUUUCCCUUUCAGAUUUCCUUAUCGGCACAGGGCAAAUGCACGUGGUCUGUGGUGACCAGUGGUGUUGGAGAGUCACUCUCAAUAUGCUGUUAAAUGUCAGUGACAGCAAAAUGUUUUCAAACCAGUGUUGUAUCCUAGGAUUAAGACCAUGUACGGCUCAGAGGGAAUCCCCGUCCUAGGAUUAAGACCAUGUACGGCUCAGAGGGAAUCCCCGUCCUAGGAUUAAGACCAUGUACGGCUCGGAGGGAAUCCCCAUCCUAGGAUUAAGACCAUGUACGGCUCGGAGGGAAUCCCCGUCCUAGGAUUAAGACCAUGUACGGCUCAGAGGGAAUCCCAGAUAUCACCUUACAUUCCACAAAUGAGUUCAGUCUAUAGCAAGCACAUGGUCUUCAUUAUAAUCGAAAAUGUCAUUGGUCAAGUAAUUUGUCACAUUUGUAUUGACAAUAUUUUUAUCUUAAUUGUUUAAAUUGUAAAUUGUACUUAUGUUUAAGAAACAUAUAAUGGGUAUGCAGGUUUUUUUUUUUAUUUUAAUGUUAAUUUUUACUUUGUGAGUAACAUUCCGUUUUUCUGCUGCAGUCACAGAAAAUUUGAUACUAUUGAUUUGCGUGUCGUUCACUGUUACAUUGUGUUUAAUGAUCCAUGCUGGACAUGUGUAGCUCUUACACAAUAAAAAUGUUAUAAAAACCAAA